AUGGGGCUGCUGCUGUCGGUCACUGGCUUUCACCAGCCGUCGGCCUGGGAAGAGCGGGCUCAAGCUCCUGCCGAUGCCGAGGAAAAUGCUGAGCCUGAGCGUAAGGUGUCUCCUAGCAAGCGGGAGAAGGAAACGAACAUCACCAAGAUUCUGCGGCUGAUCGACUCCGACAUGGUGGAUGACACUCCUGGCGCGGUCAAUGCGCUGACGCGAAAGGGGACCGCAUUCGUCACGCUCUGCAGCUCUUUAAGCUUCCACGCGCUUCGGUUGAUCCUUCGCGAUGCCGUCUUCCGUUCGGCGGCCACGUCGCCCAAAGCAAUGAUGAAGCGGAAGGUGGCAGAGCACUACAUGCUUUCUGCUAUCCACGCCUUCAGCUGCUCCGUCUUCAGCUUGAGAAAGCUCUUGAGCAAUCGGUGGACUUCCGCAGUCGGCUCUGAAGCCAUGCUGUGCUUCUCCCUGGGAUACACAUCCUACACGCUGCUGGCGCUCAGGAGUCAGCUGUUUUCGGAUCCGCUCUUUGCAGUGAACGAACUGGCGAAUUUCGUCAAGCACUGGUCGUGCCUCCGUGCGCAAGGCACCGGCUGGAUUGUGCCGCUUCUCUUGUCUGCAGAGAUUCCGACGGCCUGCCUGGACCUUCUGCGCAUGCUGGCAGAGGUCGGCCUCUCCCCUUCCAGCCUGGCCUGGCGCUUCUGUUUGGGCGCUUUCACAACCAGCUUCAUUGCAGUGAAGGGGCUGCUGCUGCCGAUUUGCCUCGGGGCAGUGAUUGCAAGGCCCCGGCAGUAUCCCGAGCUUCACCAACCGGCUUUUCUACCCGCCAAGCUGGCCAUGCUUGUUCGGGUGGUGAUGAGUUACACCUGGCUCAGUAUCGUUGCACGACACUGGGUGCCCACGCGUCACCUGCACCCGGAAGGCUACCUCGUCUCGCCGAGCGCGCAGCGGUUGCCCCGCCUCCGCAACAUCACCCCCAGCCUCUCCGACGUGUGGCUCCAGUUGAGAAGUGCCUACAGUCCGCUCAGCCUCCUUUUCUUCUCUGUGCUUCAGGCUUGCUACUUCGUAGGUCCUGCGGCGUUGCCGGCCAUCCUAUAUGCGUUAGCACGGAAGCCAGGGUACCGCUUGGCAGCUGGAUCUGCCUUACUUGGUCUGGGAGUGCUGGCGGCGUGGCCAAUGCACCUAGAGCGGCCGUACCGCAGCGGUGGUUCUGCGUUUUCAGAGCUUUUUCAGCGCUGGCUGUUCGACCGUUUGUUGCGCUACUUCUCAUUCAAGGCGGUCUUCGAGGAGCCCCUGCAGAAGGAUCGCAGGUAUCUGCUUGCAGUGAUGCCGCACGGCGUUAUCCCCUUUGCCAACACAUUGCUCUCGAUUACGCUGCAAAGGCAAGGCUUCAUCCCCAACAGCAUCGGCGCAGACAUUCUCUUUCAAAUUCCUGUGCUGAGACAGCUGGUGCGUUUCGGCGGCUUGAUUCCAGCCACACCUCAGUCCAUCAAGCGAGCCUUGGCCUGGCCGUACCCGAACAAUAUCACCUUCAUCGUGCCAGGCGGCAUUGCCGAGAUCUUUUUGAUGCGACCAGACUUGGAACAGGUUUUCAUCAAAAGCCGCAAGGGCUUCAUCCGGCUCGCGCUCCAGGCUGGCGUGGACAUUGUUCCUGUUUAUGGCCUGGGCCACACACAGCUCUUCACGAUGCUGGACAAGUCCUCCGGACUUGGCGGCUUCAUGAUGCGAAUGAGCAGACGCCUCAAGGUUUCGCUGCCGUUGAGCUAUGGGCGGCUGGGAAUGCCAUUGAUCCCUUACGCAAAGCCUGUUGCGGCUUUGGUCGGCAAGCCCAUCCGGAUCGAUGCGCCGGACCCUAAUCCAUCCGCUGAGAAGAUCGACGAACUGCACGCGCAGUUCGUCCAAGAGCUGCUCCGAAUCUUCGAGAAGCACAAGGCUAUUGUUCCCGGCUACGAAAACAAGCAGCAGCCGGUAUGCAAGGACGAGGAAGGGAGUUUGCGAGUGGGGCCCAGCCGUGCGAAUCCGAGGCUUUAUCUGGAAGACGAGGAGGGCACCGCGGAUGAGAAGGUGGAAGACGAAGAGGUGGACGAGUUCUUAACCGACUACGACUUCCGUCACAGGGUUGGCCAGCAGCGAGCGAAGCACCGGGCCAGGUAUGGUCGUGGCUCUGGACGUGGUGCAGCCAGCACGCGCAAUGCGUCUGGCGACCUGCAGGAAGAAGAUGAGGAGGAGGACUUGGGGACAUUGGGGGACGCAUUGAGGGGCUCCGUUGCCGGUUCUUCUUUUCCAAUCUCAGUUGUACAGAUGCGCAGCGCCACCUUUGCAGGGCCGGCGCUUGGUACAGCGGACUUAGCAGAGAGCCGUCAAAAGGUUGCACUUGCUCCCGCUGCUCCCGCUCCCGUCCUGGAGAUGCCGCGAUGCCUGCGCUGCCGUCCCAGUGAGGUGGUCGUUGAACUGGCUUGGGACAUCCCAUCGCAGAAUGUGGUGCUCGUGGCUCGGGCCUCAACUCACAGCCCUCAGGACCAGUGGUUGAAUACCGCCAGUCCGGCGAGCCACAAGUUUCUCAAGGAGUUUGCUCCGAAGCGAGCAGCGCUGAACGAGUACCUGCAGUUUGUUCCUCACUAUCAUGUCUUCAGCCUCGAGGGGAAGGACUACAAGGAUCUUUGCAGCGACUCGACUGGACGGUAUUGUGCUGACGAUCCAGAUGGAGGUGGUGAGAUCACCGGCAAGCAGGUCUUGCACGAGGCCGUCCGCCAGCUGUGCAUACACGAGAUCACAGUGGUUCCGACCGGAGAGAGGAUAGCACAGGCCAAGCGCAUGAGACAAGCGAAAUUCUCCACCGAGUGGUGGGAUUAUGUGUCCAAGUAUUUGGACGAGUGCCCAGCAACCGGCAGCGGCGACGACCCUCUUCACACUUUUGGCGAGAAGUGCUCGGAGCGCUUGAUGCACCAGGUUGGGCUCGAUGUCGAAAAGGUCGAGGAGUGCAUAAGGAACACGAAGGAAGACAAGCUGGCGUAUCAGCGGGAGAACAGCGCGUGGUCUUCCGACGCCUUGCGAAUCAAUGGUUGGAGGUACAGUGGCACGAUGGAUGCCGAUUUGGUGACGAAGGCGAUUUGUGCCGGAUUUGUCUCGACUCCCGAGCCGUGCACGCGACUGACAACGCCAGCAAAUCCCUUCAACCUCGACGGAGUUGUGCCAACGCCCGUGGCGAGCGGCGUGUCCAACUCGCAAGUGAUGGAGGUGUUUAUCGUUCUUGCUUUGGUGGCCGUUGGCUUCAUGUACUUCUACAAGCGAUCUAUGACGCGGAACAUCCACACAGCGCUCCGCGAGGAGGCGGUCACGUAA